UUUGGUUGUUUUUAGGGGGUAAAAAAUCAUUUUUCAUUUGAUGUAACUAAAAAUAACCUAGUAGCUAAAAAUAAACACCCUCAUUAACAAUAUUUGUUACGUGAAUAUACAAACAACUCGUAAUUCCUUUAGUUUUUCAUGGCUAUAUCAGGUUUCUUAACAACUAUUUGUUUCAUGUCUAUUAGAACAGCUAUAGGUAUAGAUUUGGGUACCACUUAUAGUUGUGCAGCCUACUUCAAGAACGAUAAGGUUGAUGUUAUAAUUAAUCAAUUAGGUAAUAGAAUUACACCUUCAUAUGUUGCAUUUACAGAUGAAGAAAGACUAGUUGGCGAUGCAGCAUAUUAUCAAGCAUCUUUAAAUCCCAAAAAUACCAUAUUCGGAGCCAAGAGACUCAUUGGACGACAUUUCAAUGACGAAGUAGUUCAAUCGGAUAUAAAACUAUUGCCUUAUAGAGUAGUAAAUAAGGACAAUCGACCAUACAUCGAAGUUGAUGUUUUCGGAGAUUUAAAGCUUUUCUCUCCUCAGGAAAUAGCAUCAAUGAUACUUCUAAAAUUGAAGGAAGCAGCUGAAAAUGCCUUAGAUAGGACAGUGACUGAUGCAGUUAUUACGGUACCAGCAUAUUUCAAUGACUCACAAAGGCAAGCAACAAAAGAUGCUGCAGCCAUAGCAAAAUUAAAUGUUUUGAGUAUAAUCAAUGAACCGACUGCUGCCGCUUUAACCUACGGAUUAAACAAACUAAAUGAUGUAGUUGAUAAUGAUUUCAUGCAGAAGAGAAAAAAAUCAUUUCCAUCUAUAAUUACAUUACUCCAGGGAAGUGAAGCUAGAGGAAGAAAUAUUUUGGUCUAUGAUCUAGGAGGAGGUACCUUUGAUGUCUCAGUAUUGAAUAUAAAAGAUGGAGUAUUUACAGUAAAAGCAACUGACGGAAAUACACAUUUGGGAGGAGAAGACUUUGAUAACAUGUUAUUACAACACUUCACUAGAGAAUUUGAAAAGAAAACAGCAAAGAUUAUAUCUUCGAAUGAAAAUGCGCUAGCAAAAUUAAAGAAGCACAGCGAAAUAGUGAAAAGAACUUUAACUACGAAUACACUGGCUAGGAUUCACGUAGAACUGUUGGUGGCUGGGAAAGACUUUUCGUCUUCAAUUACACGAGCACGCUUUGAUCUGUUAUGUUCCGAUUUAUUUAAGUCUACAUUAUGUACUGUUGAAAAUGUUAUAAGAGAAUCAGGAUUAGAGAAGCAAGGUAUAGAUGAAAUAAUUUUGGUAGGAGGAUCAACUCGUAUUCCAAGGAUCCAGUCCUUAAUCUUUGAAUUCUUUGGAGGUAAACUGCCCAACAAAUCAGUUAAUCCUGAAGAAGCAGUUGCAUAUGGUGCUGCCAUAAAAGCAGCAAUGCUAAUGAAUGACCCAACAUCUACCAUCACCAAUGAUAUUAGUUUGAAAGAUGUUAAUUCAUUAUCAUUAGGAAUAGAAACUUUAGGUGGAGUAAUGUCAGUGAUAAUUCCUAGAAAUACAAUUUUACCAACUACAGUUUCCAAUACUUAUUUGAGUACCAUGGAAAAUCAACCUAUGAUGACUAUGCCUGUUUAUGAAGGGGAGCGUACUAUAGCUAAAGAUAAUCAUUUAUUAGGUGAAUUUGUAUUAAAUAAUGUAACAAUGGCAAAAAAAGGGAAGGCUAAAGUUAUCGUUACUAUGUCGCUAGAUCUUAAUGGAAUGUUGACUGUUACGGCAGUUGACAAAGCAAAUGGUGCUAAUGAGAGUCUUACAAUCAAAAAUGAAUCUAAUAGAUUGACCAAAGAAGAGAUCGAUCAAAUGAUCCACGAAUCUGAAAUAUAUAAACAAAGAGACCAAGAAGAGUUGAAAAGACUUUGGGCAAGAGAUGAUUUGGAGAGUUAUUUAUAUAAGGUGAGAGCAGCAUUUCGAGAUCAUUGUGAAAAGCUUUCUUUGUCUGAUAGAGACCUAGUUGACCGAGAAAUAUCUGAUAUGUCCAUGUGGCUUGAAACAUCCAGAAGCGCUUCAAUUGAAGAAUAUCAAGAUAACCAUAACUGGUUUAAACAGCAGGUUCAUCCUAUUAUGUCUUCUUAUUUGAAGGGAUAUUAAAUAAGGGUAUUUUAACUAAUUGUAUAAAGUAUAUAUGAAACAAUAUAAUUGUUUGACUUAGAGAAAUUAGAAUAAAAUCAGU